ACACCGCAGAUAAGGUGCUUGAGAAAUUAAUGGUAGAAUACUGGACAAAUAUUUUACUUGCAAUCUAUUUUUGAAGAAAUUCAAUUGUUUCAUUUUGUAACUCCUGCGAGACACUACAUCAUAUUAUGAGCAGCCAGAGCCAUCGCAAAAUGUCCGGUACCCGCUUACCAAAUAAACCGCGAUCGGAUGCAGUAGAAUUAACAGAAUUGUUUUCGGCUCAAAUGGCACAAUUGUGUCUUAAUGAAGAUUACUCGGACGUAACUUUCAUAGUCGAAAAUCAGCGUUUGCCAGCCCACAGAGUUAUGUUGGCGGCACGCAGUGAAUAUUUUCGAGCCUUACUUUAUGGCGGACUCUCGGAGUCAACACAGAAAGAUAUACAUCUUAAAGUGCCCGUAGAAGCUUUUAAAGCGCUGCUAAGAUAUAUAUACUCGGGCCAUUUGUUCCUUUCACAAAUGGAUGAAGACAACAUUUUAGAUACCUUAGGCUUAGCAAAUCAGUACGGUUUGACAGAGCUAGAACUGGCCAUCUCCGACUACUUAGUACAGUAUUUAGCAUUAAAUAAUGCUUGCGCCAUACUAGACGCAGCCCGUUUAUAUAACCUCGAAAAGUUAACCAAAGUAUGUCUAACAUUUAUGGAUCGUAAUGCUGCUGAUAUUUUACAACAUGAAACAUUUAAGAAUUUGUCAAAGGAAUCACUUGAAGAAAUUUUGCGGCGCGACUCUUUUUUCGCUCCGGAAGUGCAGAUUUUCCUAGCUGUCUGGGAAUGGGGCAAACAUAACCGAAAUGUAGACAUUCAGUCGGUAGUCUCGUAUGUACGUUUGCCGCUUAUGAAUCUUGAUCAUUUAUUGCAAGUCGUCCGACCUUCGGGCAUUCUCGAUCCCAAUAAAUUACUAGAUGCUAUUGAAGAACAGAGCACUUCAAAAUAUUUAAAAUAUCGUGCUGCCUUAUGGCCUAAGGAAAAUGUCGCCACCGCAAAAUUCGCUUCACGUACUAUACAUGGUGAAUGUCCUUCACAACUUUUAAACGGCGAUAUUACUUCGUAUGAUAUGGAAAAAGGCUACACCCGCCAUUGCAUGUCAGAUGCUAAUGAUAGCGGCAUUGUGGUGGAGUUGGGCACAAUAUGUUUGAUAAAUCACAUUAAAAUUUUGCUCUGGGAUCGUGAUAACCGCGCGUAUUCCUAUUUUAUCGAGGUGUCAGCCAAUCAAGUUCAAUGGGAUCGUAUUAUCGACUAUUCUCAAUAUCAUUGCCGUUCGUGGCAAUUCUUAUAUUUUCAAGCCAGACCAGUUCGCUACAUCAAGUUAGUAGGCACGCAUAAUACGGUUAAUAAAGUGUUCCAUGUUGUAUCGUUGGAAGCCAUGCAUAUUAUGAACAUACCUCGUGUAGUUGAAGGUAUUGUAGCGCCUACGAGUAACGUAGCCACGAUAGAAAUGGGCGCAGUCGUUGUAGACGGUGUUAGUCGUACCCGUAACGCUUUGUUGAACGGUAACUAUGUUGAUUACGAUUGGGAUUCCGGCUACACUUGUCAUCAAUUAGGUAGUGGAGAGAUUUUGGUGCGCUUAGCACAACCUUAUUAUGUAGGGUCGAUGAGAUUAUUGCUCUGGGAUUGUGAUGAUCGCACAUACAGCUUCUACAUAGAAACUUCUACAAAUCAAAAAGAUUGGACUAUGGUUAUAGAUAAACGCGACGAACAGGCAAGAUCUUGGCAAAAUUUCACUUUCACCGCCAGGCCAGUUGUCUUCAUAAGAAUUGUGGGAACGCGAAAUACAGCGAAUGAGAUCUUUCACUGUGUUCAUUUGGAAUGUCCGUCGGAGGAUCCGAAUUCCUUGUUAAUAGAAAAUGAAAAACGACUCGCUGAAGAUAAAGAACAACUCAAACCAAACGAGGCCGACGGAGUUUAAUUUUUUCCUAUGUUCUUCCCAAAGUUUAUUAAUAGUUUGUCUACCCUGAUAAGAAUUUUGAGCAAAAUUGUUUGCUAAAUCCCGAUGGUCCUCCAUAAAGGCUAACAUAAUUUGCAGUUGCUCGUGAGAAACGGCCCUAAGGUACAACAUUAACAUUGAAAUUUU